AUGGAGGAAGGGGAAACCGUACAGAAAACGAAUUUUCGUCAGGAACUAAUGAACUAUAGAAGCUUUAUGAACAAUAAUUUAUAUUCAUUAAUGGGCGCUGACGAUAAACGGCCACCCACUUGGAGGAAUUUCAUUGCAUUAUGUGUUGCUACAUUUCUAGCUGUGAGCUCGGUGAUGCCAUCAAGAAACUUACAAUCUAGUGUAUAUAUUAAUACACAUUUAGGAAAUCUCUCAUUAUGUUGUAUGUAUGGAUUUUAUCUCUUGGGUUGUUUCACAGCUAAACCAAUAAUGGACCACUUCAGACCGAAAUGUUUACUUUUAAUCAGUUUGUUCACUCAUGUUUUAUACUCCAUAUCUAAUGCCGUUCCUUCAUUCUACACGCUCUUGCCAUCAGCUGCUCUAUUAGGCUUCUCACACCCUAUAAUGUGGUCCAUCCAAGAACGCUUGAUGAUUGGUUACUCGCUUGGAUACACAGCUUCAUCAACAUUAACUUUACAGCAUUCUCUCCAUUCCUUCCAAACUUUAAUGGUGAUAAUUAUCCACUCUGCUCAUAUCAUGGGUAAUUUGUUGAGCGCUGGACUCAUAUCUGUGUCACACAUACAUUGUCCUGGACCAUCAUUAUGGGGGAAUAUGUCCUCGCAUAGAUCUAUUGCAGGAGGAGGACCUAGUACAGAAGAUCGGUGGACAUAUACAUUACCUUUAAUGCCAAUACUUACCAGACAAGGUGCUGAAAAACCUCACGAAUUGGACUAUUACCAGUUGCUCACUGUACUCUUUGUUUGUUUCUCUGUUAUAUCAAUGGGAGCAUUGUUGGUAUUUUUUGAAAAUCCUGACAUUAUAAUACAAAAGAAAUCGGGGACUUGGGCUCAAAGACUGAGUAAACUGGUAGCAAUUACCAAAGACCCUGGCUGGUUCCUGGGACAAAUUGGUGCCAUGUUGAAUGGCUUCUUACAAGGCUUACUUAUCAGUGAUAUCUUAAAGAUAUUUGGUAGUGAUGUAUUUGGUUGUUUUAUUGUCGGGUACAUGAUGAUGUGUUUUGGUACUGGUAAUUUGGCAGCCAUCUUGAGUUUGGAUCGUCUGAAAAAUUAUAGACUAAAUAUAUUGUCCUUAAUGCUAGGUUUUUCUUUGACUACAUUUAUUUUGGUAACUUGUUACAUCUGGAAACCAACGAAAGACGAUGCCAUUUUGUUAUUGCUUUUUAUAGCAUUAUGGGGUGUUACAGAUGGUGUCAUGCAAUCACAGAUACAAGCUGCCUUGUCGGCUUAUUUUGGACGCCACAAAUCAACAGCAAUGGCAGGUUACAGAAUAUUUCAAGGAUUUGGAUUAGAAGCCAGUUUUCUGUUGUCGUUAUUAGUUCGUGAUCUUCACAUAUCAUUAUAUAUGGCUAUGUCUUUACAUAUCUUAUCGUGUUUAGGUUUAGUGUGGAUAGCUCGUUCUAAACGUGCUGCUCGACCAUUACCAGGAGCUGUGACCACAGAGCUUCAAUCUUCAUCAUCAUCCAUCAUCACACAACCAGCACCUUACCCUGACGUACCGUUAGAAGAACAUGCGUGA